GUUCAGUCCACAGUGCUGCUGCAAAAUGCCAUUCACUGGACUACUGGCUAUUGUUGGGGGAUUUACAGUUGUUUAUCUUGUCUGGAGAGUUUGGUGUGGAUUCAGAGAGUAUGUUUAUUCACAGUUUUGGCAAGAGGAUUUAAGGAAAUUUGGACAAUGGGCAGGUAAUGUAAAACAGUGCUAUAUCCUAUGUCACAAGAUGCUUCUGCACAAAAGUUUUAUUUUAAAUCAGAGCUAAUGUAUCAUUCAGUAAGUAAAUCUAUGAAGCAUUGAGUGUGUGUUUGUGUGUGCAUGUAAGUUGUGCAGUUUGUAAUUUUGUAAGUGUUGUACAAAGGUUUGAACCAGUUUAGUUCUUAAAUGAGGUUUUAGUUUAGUGGAGGGCAGAGAACAGAAAGCUAAGGUGUGGGAAUAUCUAGAUUUUCUUUUAUCAUUAAGAGCACACUCAAGUCUUCCUUUCAGCGUGGGUACGUUCGAUAAACACUUCACAUUCCUUCUUGAUGGGACAUUUUCAUCCACUUGCUUACAAACACAUACAGUAAAACUCUUGUUUUUCUUCACCCUAUUAUGCAUUUGGAACCUUUGUAAACAAAACACUACGGACCUGACGUGACGACCAGGUUGUCAGGAGUUUGCAGUUUAACCCGGAUUGUGUCAGCAAACAGUUCCAGGAGGUUUUGUCUUUGGCUGAGCGAUGGGGAUCCAGGUCUUCCUCCUCCUCCUCAUCUCAUUUUUCCUCUCCCUUGAGCCUCAAUCUGAUAUCUUGGACCUAAUUCUCAGAGUGGCCACCCGCUGACAUUGAUCCCAAAUUUUGAAUUGCAGUGUUUUGGCAGUGCAGACAGUUUGAAAGUCAGAAUUGGGCUUAUUUCUGCAAAAUAAAGUGCUAAAAAAUACAAUAUGUACAUGCAUCUGAGCAGAAAAGGUAACAUAGUUCGGUAAUGCAUGUCACCUUAGAGUUAUAGAUAGUAAAACUCCUGAAAAACUUCUAUCAAAACUGAUUUAUGUAUAUUAAAUACAUCUGUUUAAUGAGCUUUAAAUACUAGUAAGCUGAUUUCUCUAACUGUUUUCUCCUUUGUACAGUUGUAACUGGUGCCACGUCUGGCAUUGGUAAAGCUUAUGCCACUGAGGUGAGUCUCUAUCUUUCAUCCUUUAGUCACAUCUCUUCUUGUGGUUAAAACGUGAAGUUUUCAGCUGCAGAAAGUCAGUUGAUAUUUUUCAGCUCCAUUGUGUCAGCUUUCACUCGUACAUUCAUUGUGUUGUUGAUGGUAAAGAGAACCACUGAACUUGUUUAUCCACAUUUUUUUCUUUAAGCUGGCACAAAGGGGCCUCGAUGUUGUUUUGGUGAGCAGAUGUAAUGAUAAGCUUCAAACUGUGGCCAAAGAGAUAGGUGAGUUAAAUCAAAAUAUUGUACAUUUGUAUUUGAAACACAUUGAUUUUCAUAAAACUCAGAGCAGGUACUUAAAACUCUUUUUCAGAGGAACAAUAUGGACAGAAGACUCGCACCAUCCAAGUUGACUUCACUGACGGCCACAGUAUCUACCCUACAAUAGCAAAAGGACUCAAGGACUUGGAAAUAGGAAUUCUGGGUAAUAUGAACACUAAAUACAUGGCAGAGUACAGCAGAAGAAAUUCUCAGAUGUCUAAGAAAUUGAGAAAAUAUGGAGCCUUUAUGGUCUUUAUGGUACACACAUUUAUGAGGAUAAAAUCAUGUGGGCACAAGUAAUCUUACCAAAAAAGAGAUUAUUUUUCAUGUUCUGUUUAUCUUGUGAUAGUUCUUAUCUGGAACAGAUUUGGUGUUCUUGGAGGUGUACUGUCUUUUGCAUUCUCUGAUGGACUUGGCAUUUUAUUCUUCCAUGAACAUAUUAUUAUUAUUAUUAUUAUUAUUAUUAUUAUUAUUAUUAUUAUUACUAUUAUUAUUAUUAUUAUUAUUAUUAUUAUUUUAUUAAUUUAUUUUUAUUUUAUUUUAUUAUUUUAUCAAUAUUAUCAUAAAUGUAUUAGGGGCCUCUUGUUAUCAGGGCCCCUAGUGGAAGGCACUCAUGUUGUUCACAAAAUGUCCAUCCCAGUGGACCACAAAUAAGAAUACAUUAUAAACAGUAUGCAUAAAAUCAAUAUACCAGUGACUGAGAAAUUAUGGCAAAUGAAGGCCUUUUAUUGGCUGUGAUAAUAUUAACACUAACUUGUACCAACAUGGUUAUUUUCUUAUGCAUGUAAGAAAAUAGCACUAUAAGGGAUCUAAGGGGCAGUGUAAGACUGUAGUGGAGCAGAAGUAAAACAUUUUUCACAGACUGAGAAAAGGUCUAGCAGCCGGGCACUGACAGUGAACACAGAGAUUUUUUUUUGAGUUUGAUCAAAUCAAUGGCCACAUGACUUUAAAUGAACACAUUCUGUUUACUAUUCACCUCUCUGACAAAACCAAGCCUUCCCAGUGUCGCUGGGUCCAACAAUGUCCCGACUGAAGCUUCAGAUUGAUCACCAUGACCGUAGAAUUGGAUCAAUCUAUUUUAAAUUGGAAACGGUACUAGGUGCAUUUCCUAAGAAAUGAAAUAUGUCGGUGAAGGCUGGCUCAUUAUUUGUGAUUAGCAAAAGAGGGUUGAUUUAACUGCAUGAUAAAAGGAUAAAGAAACACAUUUAAAGGUUGUAUUACAAGCUAGAUGUUAAGUAACAAAAGAUCUUGUUUUUGCCUUUGUCACCCACACAGUCAACAAUGUAGGGAUGACCUACUCUGAUGGUUUUGACUACUUCCUGGAUGUACCAGAUGCUGAACAGGUACAUUGUGUAAUUUAACUGCACUUUUGAGUCAUACAUUAUUUCAUUUGGCCUCUAAGGUUCACAUUUUUACCUUGGGUGUUUUUUUUUUCUCCCCAGAAAAUUACUCAGAUCAUCAACUGUAAUGUGCUGUCCAUCCCUCAGGUAAGAUGUUUGUGAUUUGGUGUUUAUGAGUUUCAUAAAUAAUCAGACAUCUCUGUGACCUUUUUUUUCUGUUUGUGAUCAUGAAAAUAUGAUUUUUUUCACACAGAUGACCAGAAUAGUUCUUCCUACCAUGGUUCAGAGGUAUUUUCACAAAUAACCAAAUAUAAAUAAUAGAAAUGUAUUAAUGAGAUUAUUUUAGGGUCAAAUCCAUGAAUGCAUGUCCUCCUUUUCUGUCUUCAUAGAGGGAAAGGCCUGAUCAUCAAUAUCUCCUCUUUAGUGGGCUGCCGUCCACAGCCUUUGUUGUCUAUUUAUUCUUCAUCUAAGGUACUUUCUCAUCAUGGUGUGUGUGCAUAUUCAUUCAAUCAACCUGACCACAUCACAAGCACUCAUUUAAUAAUGAAUACUUACCAUGAAGCUCGAUCACUACUUGGCUUGUUUUGUGACUUUGACUUUCCUCUUUAUUUCAGAGUUUUGUAUCAUAUUUCUCUCAGUGUCUGCAUGCAGAGUACAAGUCAAAGGGAAUUAUUGUCCAGGUAAAGCACGAAAACUGUUAGCUAUUUUAUACACCAACACCUUACAUUCAUUGUUACCUUUACUGCCUGUAUUUUGUCAUUAUAUUUAAUAUUAUAUAAUGGCAAAAUGAAUUUUUAAAAACACAAUUUUGUAAAGUGAUACCUAUUUUAUGUUUUGCUUCAAGACAAUACCAAUAUCUUCUUAUACAUACAAGUAGGGGCCAAUAUCACAAUUUUUGGGUCUGUUUUUGCCUUUGACAAAAUGACAUAAUAAUACUAACAAAUGAGACAAAUGGUGGGCUAAAAAAAAUAGAAAACUAUUAACUCAGUAAAAUAUUUUCUCUCAGGACCUCUGGAUAGAAAACAACAAGGGAUAGAUAAGAGAAAGUUGUAUAUAAAUCAUAUGCACAUUGAUAUUAAACACAUGGUUAUCUUCAGUAGCAACAUACUGUUAAUUUUAAUGAUUUAAUUCAGCUUUUGAUCAUUUUAAAAUAUAUGUAAGAGCCAUCACAUGAAGUUGGUGUGUAUCCAGUUAAAAGCUAAUUUGAAUCUUGUGAUUAACUCAUAAACAAACAUGAAGCACACACCUUCACUGACUCAGGUUGUCUUCCUCUUUUGGACUAUAUGUUUUUCAUUUUUGGAGAGUUACCACUACGAGUCACUUAUAUCAUGUGUAAAGUAGAGUGAAGUUCAACCUGUCAGACCUCUGUUAAUGUUUCCUCAGUGUGUGGCCCCCUUCAUGGUGUCCACUAACAUGACAAAACGAGUGAGGACUAGCUGCCUCAUAAAGAGCGCUCCAGAUUUUGCUCGGGAGGCGUUGAAUACUGUCGGUCACUCCAACUACACCAAUGGCUGUCUGUCCCACGCGCUGCAGGUCAGAGGGAUGACACACUAGCACCACUUACCGAAAUUCAGCUGUUGUAACGUUUUAACAUCUCUGCUUCUCUUUCACAUCAUCCCACAGAGCAUGGCCCUCGGAGUACUCCUGCCCGACUGGUUUCGUAUGUCAUCGUCCCUCAUCAAAACACUGAAAAACCUUAAGAAAGAUUAACAACAAAAUGUCAGAGUAAAAAGUGAAAGGAGGAGGAGUCAUGUACCCGCUCCUGCAAUGAAGACUCACAUCACUGCGUGCAAAGAAGAUGAAAUUAUUUUAGUUUUAAUAUAUAUUUUUUUACAUUUUUUAGCUGAAAGUUGAACCAAGAAUCAGUAACAUUUGCUGUUUUAGGCUGGUGUCUCACCUCUUACUUCACAGACCGUUUCUGCAAUAAAAAAAGAAUAUUUUUGUUAUAUUUUGCAUUUCAGAAAUUGCUCGGAUUUACAUAUUAAACAGCCUCAGUGAUAUAUACACUCAGGCAUGACUGGCA